AUGCCUUCCGUCGAAGAACUGCCAGACUUUUACUUGCCCCUCAUAGACAUUACACCUUUCCUUGAGGAUCCCAAGAGCGAUGCUGCUCAACAAGUUAUUGACGAUGUCCGACGAGCAUGUGGAUCGACGGGUUUCUUCCAAAUGAAAGGCCACGGCGUGUCCCAAGAGCUGCAAAAGCGAGUGUUUGAAGCCUCCGCCAGAUUCUUUUCUCUUCCUGCGAAGGAGAAACUUCGUCUUGAUGCUAGGAAGAACCCUGGUUUUCGUGGCUACGAUGUCAUGGGCUCACAGUCCUACGAAACGGAGGAAGAAGAAGACGACGGAAUCUUGCGAGACGUCAAGGAGGGGUUUUUCAUCUCCAAAGAGAUGCCCCUGGACCACCCUCGUGUCGUCCAGGGCCGUUUCCUGGAAGGCCCCAAUGUCUGGCCGUCGCCUGACAUUCUUCCGACGGCAGACUUUCGCUCUGUCACAGAAGAAUACUAUUCCGAGAUGCUGCGGGUAUCCCGCAUCGUUUUUGACCUCAUCGCCGCCACACUGCCCUGUGGACCGCACUGCUUUGACGAUUUACAGGCCAACGACCCCAUGUGGCUCCUUCGCCUGUUGCACUACCCGCCAACACCCGGUUCACAGGGAACGUCCAAGAUGCAGCUUGGUGCCGGCGAGCACACCGAUUUUGGCGCCAUCACCCUGCUGGUGCAGGACGAGCAUCCCGGGCUCCAGGUGAAAGACUACAAGACGGACCGGUGGGUUGAUGUGCCGCCCAACCCAGAUGUUUACAUUGUCAAUCUGGGCGACGUCAUGUCUCUGCUCACAGGAGGCGAGUAUCGCAGCAGCCUCCAUCGCGUUUGGAACAAGAGCAGCGACGACAGGUAUAGUAUUGUAUUCUUCUUUGAUGGUAACCUGGAUUCCAAGCUAAAGCCACUCGACGGGCUUCCGGUGCAACCAAAGUCAUCCAAUGAGAUCUUGACUGUUGAAGAACAUGUUAGAUAUCGCAUGACGGGUAGCUAUAGUCUCGUAAAGAACUAG